UCUCGCUCGCCACUUGCCGCCCGAAGCGCUCUCCCCAGUCCGGCGCCGCUCGGCGAGGACUUCCGUCUCCUGGGCGACCCUUGUCAAGCAAGCUGGGAUCUAUGAGUGGAAAGGUGACCAAGCCUAAAGAGGAGAAAGAUGUUUCUAAGGUGCUGGAUGGCGCCCCCCCAGGCACACAGGAAUACAUUAUGUUACGGCAAGAUUCCAUCCAAUCUGCGGAAUUAAAGAAAAAAGAGUCCCCCUUUCGUGCUAAGUGUCACGAAAUCUUCUGCUGCCCGCUGAAGCAAGUACACCACAAAGAGAACACAGAACCCGAAGAACCUCAGCUGAAGGGUAUAGUUACCAAACUGUACAGCCGACAAGGCUACCACUUACAGCUGCAGGCUGAUGGAACCAUUGAUGGCACCAAAGACGAGGACAGCACUUACACCAUCUUUAACCUCAUCCCUGUGGGUCUUCGAGUGGUGGCCAUUCAAGGAGUUCAAACCAAGCUGUAUCUGGCAAUGAACAGCGAGGGAUACUUGUACACCUCGGAGCAUUUCACACCUGAGUGUAAAUUCAAAGAAUCGGUGUUUGAGAAUUAUUAUGUAACGUACUCAUCCAUGAUAUACCGUCAGCAGCAGUCGGGCCGAGGCUGGUACCUGGGGCUGAACAAAGAAGGGGAGAUUAUGAAAGGCAACCACGUGAAGAAGAAUAAGCCCGCAGCGCACUUUCUGCCCAAACCACUGAAAGUGGCCAUGUACAAGGAGCCGUCCCUGCACGACCUCACGGAGUUCUCCCGAUCUGGAAGUGGGACCCCCACCAAGAGCAGAAGUGUCUCCGGCGUGCUGAACGGAGGCAAAUCCAUGAGCCACAAUGAAUCAACGUAGCCAGUGAGGGCAAAACACGGGCUCUGUAACAGAACCUCACCUCCAGGUGCUGUUGAAUUCUUCUAACAGUCCUUCACCCCGAAGUUCAAAUUUGUCCUUGACAUUUACCAAACAAACAGGCAGAGUCCACGGUACUGUCUGCCAUUUGCCCUUCAUAGCAUCGAUAUGUAAGCCCCCUCAUUAGACCGAGCUUGUGCCAAAGAAUGCCAAGCCUAUAAACAGUGAACUCAAUCCGGGAGAAGGACUGUCCCAUGUUCUCAUGAUCUCACCUACACUUUGGGGGAGGGAUGACACACCAAAACCAUUUUCACAGCACUCAUGCUGAUAUAAAUUUGCUCUCUAACCAUGAAAAGUUAAAAGACCACAAAAAGACACAACACACAAAACAAAAUUAACUGCUUACAUGUUUUGUAGGGGCAAAGACAUUUCUGUGAGCCGUGCUGUUUUCUUGGCUUCAUGUUUUCUAUCUACGCUUGAUUCCGAUGUAUUCUUUACUUUGGUGUAGUGCAACUUUAUGAUUCUGAAAUUCAAUGGUUCUAUGGACUCUGUGUCUCUUAAUCCAAAUCAACCAAAUUCAGGGUUGAAUCGGAAUUGGCAUCUCAGGCUCAAGGUAACAGUGUUCGUGUGACUACCAAUUUUUUUGUUUGUUUGUUCUUAGAUUCGUAGUUUUCUGGUCAAGUUCUUGUGCCGUACUUUGUGUGUAGAAACUGAGUAGUGUUGCCAACCCCAGUCAGUACAGAUCACUCAAGACAAAGAAGAGUAUCCUUAAGUGUAGAUUUCUCUUAAUUCCAUUUGUGUAUCAUGUUUAAGCUAUUAUGGCUUCUUGUGCAAAGACAGGAUCUGUGGAAUUGUAAUGUUGUCUUUUGUGUUGUUCAAAUAAGUAAUGUCUUAUCUGCAUAUGUAUGAGUCCUUUUGUUGUUGUAUUUGGCACGUGACUAUUGUGUACAAGGAGAUGUUAAGAUUGGUUACCCCUAAACAACAUAUAUUUAUACCUGCUAUUGGAAAAGUGUUAAAACUUAGCUAGGUUUCCAUUUAGAUCUUCAUAUCUGUUGCAUGGAAGAAAGUUGGAAUCUUGGCAUAGAGUUGCAUGAUAUGUAAGAUUUUGUGCAUUAAUACUUGUUAAAAUCUGCGUUCCCAAAGUAGACAUAGCAUGUACAGGCAGCUUUCUGUUCUGUACACAAAAAGUAAAAAAAAAGUUGUUUAAUAUUUGUUGUUGUAUACCCAAAUACGCACCGAAUAAACUCUUUAUAUUCAUUCAAAGAAAA